GCUCCGAGCUAACUGUGUCCCGUGGCCUGCUGCUCAGAAGAGAUGUGGAGACAGCAGGUAAAAACAGAGCAAGAAGAGAAGUCGGAGGAUUUCCUCAGAGCUAAAGAUGAGGAAGAUGAAAACAUGAAGAUMCAGAUAGAAGCAGUUUACAGCCUCAACCACCAGCUGCAGACAUCAGUGGUUCCUGAAGGUGUUCAUCUGCGGAUUAAAGAAGAUCCCGAAGAACAGAACCCUGAUGUGGACCAGCAGGACCAAGAACACCUCCAAAUAAAAGAGGAAGAGGAGGAACUGUGGAGCAGUCUGGGAGCAGAGCAGCUCAAUGUGAAGGAGGAGACUGAUGCCACCAACUUUACGUUCACUGCAGUUCCUUUGAAGUCUGAGGAUGAUGAAGAUAAACCUCUGUUCUUACAGCUUCAUCAACACCAAGCUGAAGUCAGAGAUCUUCCAACCAGCAGCUCAGCUCAGGAUUCUGACUCCUCCGAGACUGAAGUCAGUGAGGAUGAUGAAGAGGAUGAUGAUGUGAACAAUCCUGACUCUCAGCUUAAACACGUAGCAGAGACUGGGUCAAAAACUGAAGACACUGAUAAAGACUGGGAGCCAUCUCCCAGCAGGGUUCCAGAAUCAGGCGUAAAAAACCACAAAAAUGAACAGAAGCUGUUGUGUUGUGAGCUGUGUGGGCUAUGGUUUAACACAAAGGCCAGUUUAAACACACACAUGAGGAGCCACACAGGACAGAAACCAUUUUGUUGUGAGCUGUGUGAUCAAAGGUUUACUGAAAAGGGCAGUUUAAACAUACACAUGAGAAUCCACACAGGACAGAAACCAUUUUGUUGUGAGCUGUGUGAUCAAAGGUUURCCACAAAGAGCAGUUUAAACAGACACAUGAGAAUUCACACUAAAAACAAAGCACUCAUGUGACUCCUAAGUUGAAACCACACAGAAGGAAUCAUCCGUUUGUCUUUACACAUGCUUCAGAUAAAUUAAGACUAUGUUGCUUUUUAACAAGUUAUGAAAGUCCAGAUGAUGAUGAUGAUGAUGAUGCCAUGGAUCUGGAAACUUUAAUAUGUUAGUUGACAGCAUUGGAGUGAUUACAGACACACCUGUGGACACAUUUUAAAGCUGACCCUAAACACUGUUUCUUUGUGUGAGACCCCAGGAACAAUCAAAAGAAAUCAGUCCUGAUAUCAGGAAGAAAACUGUUGACCUGCACAACUCUGGUUCAUCCUUGGGUGUGUAUGAAUGCUAAAGUUAAUGGUCCAAACUGAAAAGAGCAGUCUACAAAUCUGAGUCAGUUCCACUAGUUUUGUCAGGGAGAACCAGACAAAACUCCAGCAAACUACUCAAAUAAACUUGUGGAAGGAUA